CACGGAUGCAAACGAGGCUAUCACGGCAAAGUAUGUCGAUACAAUACAAUCAGCAAGGGCCAAGCCUUUGAUCGACGUUUUUGGGAUUCGCGGUCGGUUCUAAGAGUCGACGACGGGUGUGCCGGAACGAGCCUUGGCAGGUCGGCCACCGACGUCGCUGCACAUGAACCUGCAAUCAAGGUCGUGGCCGUGUCUUGGACAGCGACGUCGACAAGCAAACCAAGGGCUGCUUCCGAGCUUCUUUAGCGUAUUGAAGCAGGUUGGAGGGAAAAAGAAGGGGUGGUGAGGGCAUCUGGGCGUACGAGCACGACUUUGCGAUGAGGUCAAGGCCGUGUUGGCUGCCUCACGAGGGCAGGAAGAAGGGGCUGGAAGGUAUGGCUGGGAUGUCGUCUACAGUAAUGGCAAGACGAUGUUCAGGUGGUUACGCUGGGUGAGGCUGUUUGAAGGCUGCUGGAGGCUGAUGGGGCUGAUGGAGGCUGUUUGUUGGGGGGUGGGGGUGGAGGAGGCCGGAGCCGGCACAAGGCUGGGCAGUAAAGUAAGCUUUGGACUCGGGCUUUUUCAGUCGGCCCAAAGGGGAAAAGCGACCAGGUACCCACAAUAUAUGGAGCUGAUUGAUAUUUGGCCUUGCAAAUCAUGUUUCGGACUCGUCACCAGCGCCUAAUGUCCCGAUAGUGUUGAAUUGAAUAGUCG